GGGGAGGGACUGCGGCUAAGGAGACGGUCGGUGAUGGGAGCGCAAUGUAUGAGGGGAUACCGUGCCUCAGGUUUAAAAGAGCAGGAAGCUGAGUGAGAGGCUGGAGAAAGUGUCUUCACUAGGGGGAGGUUACAGGUGGUGUCUAGGAAAGAGCUCUGAGGCUACAAGCUGUAGUCGGGAAGAGGAUCGGAGAACUGUGUGAAAGGGACAGUUUGGGGGCUAGCGUCCUGGGGCGAGGGGGAAGUUUCGAGACUUUCUGAGGACUGGCAGGAAUGUGCCCACUGGCCCUUGGUGCUUCCCCGCUGAGGGGAGGCAUCGUAAAGGACUGUAGCAGGCUCCAGUGAAUGCCGAGCCACGGAGGUCCAUCUCCACGUAUGGAUCUAGGGAAUGAGAAUUCAGCCACAGAGGCUGCCGCGAUCAUAGACCUCGAUCCCGACUUCGAACCCCAGAGCCGUCCCCGCUCCUGUACCUGGCCCCUUCCCAGACCAGAGCUCGCUACAGAGCCGCCCGAGCCACCCGAGGUGGAGCCAGUUCUGGGAGAGAAGGAACACACGGAGGGGCGCUCAGACCCGAUCCUGUUGCCCUCCCGGCUCCCAGCGCCGGAAGGGGGCCCCCAGCCCAGGACCCUGGGGGCCGUAACAGGUCCUCGGAAGGGAGGCUCCCGCCGGAAUGCCUGGGGAAAUCAGUCAUAUGCAGAACUCAUCAGCCAGGCCAUUGAAAGCGCCCCCGAGAAGCGACUGACGCUUGCCCAGAUCUAUGAGUGGAUGGUCCGCACUGUGCCCUACUUCAAGGACAAGGGUGACAGCAACAGCUCAGCAGGAUGGAAGAAUUCGAUCCGCCACAACUUGUCCCUGCACAGCAAGUUCAUCAAGGUUCACAACGAGGCCACCGGCAAGAGCUCUUGGUGGAUGCUGAAUCCCGAGGGAGGCAAGAGCGGCAAGGCACCCCGCCGCCGGGCGGCCUCCAUGGAUAGCAGCAGCAAGCUGCUCCGGGGCCGCAGCAAGGCCCCCAAGAAGAAACCAGCUGUGCUGCCAGCUCCACCUGAAGGUGCCACUCCAGCAAGCCCUCUUGGCCAUUUUGCCAAAUGGUCAGGCAGUCCUUGCUCUAGAAACCGUGAAGAAGCCGAUAUGUGGACCACUUUCCGUCCACGAAGCAGUUCCAAUGCUAGCACUGUCAGCACUCGGCUGUCCCCCAUAAGGCCAGAGUCUGAGGUGCUGGCAGAGGAGGAAAUACCAGCCUCAGUCAGCAGCUAUGCAGGGGGUGUCCCUCCCACCCUAAAUGAAGAUCUAGAGCUGUUAGAUGGGCUCAAUCUCUCAUCUUCCCAUUCCCUGCUAUCUCGGAAUAGUCUCUCUGGCUUCUCUUUGCAGCAUUCUGGGGUUACUGGCCCCUUACAUGCCUACAACACCUCCCUCUUCAGCCCAGCAGAGGGGCCCCUGUCAGCAGGAGAAGGGUGCUUCUCAAGCUCCCAGUCUCUGGAGGCCCUGCUCACCUCUGAUACGCCAUCACCCCCUGCUGAUGUCCUCAUGACCCAGGUAGAUCCCAUCUUGUCCCAGGCUCCAACACUUCUGUUGCUGGGGGGGAUACCUUCCUCCAGUAAGCUGGCCACAGGAGUCGGCCUAUGCCCCAAGCCCCUAGAGGCUCCAGGCCCCAGCGGUCUGGUUCCGUCCCUCUCUACAAUAGCACCACCUCCAGUCAUGGUGGGUGUUCCUGUCCCCAAGACCCUGGGUACUCCUGUGCUCACACCCCCUACUGAAGCUGCAAGCCAAGACAGAAUGCCUCAGGAUCUAGAUCUUGAUAUGUAUAUGGAGAACCUGGAGUGUGACAUGGAUAACAUCAUCAGUGACCUCAUGGAUGGGGGCGAGGGACUGGACUUCAACUUUGAGCCAGGUACAGCACUCCCUAAUCAACUCUAGCAUCUCACAACCUUCUACUCACUCUUAGGUGCCCAGUUAGUCCCAUAAUCUGAGCAAAGGGGAGAUUUAGAACAAAGGGUAGCCGGAGCUCCUGAGCAAUUGGAAAGAGGAUGUCAUAUUAGAGUGGCAUAUUUUCCAGAUGGGACCUCCAUGCCCCUCAGCAGUGCCCACCCCUACAAGGUAGCACAGAAGAGAUGGGGAGGGUCUCUGUUUCCCUUGGUAUAAACCUGGGUGAUGGAAAGUUGUCAUGCCCCAGAUGAGCCUCUUACCUCGUCUUCUUUCUUCUUCCCACAGAUCCCUGAGCCAUGGCUGGAAGCUUUCUCCUCUGCUUCAGAGGUGGAGCCAGGCUGUCCAUGUCCACUCUUUACCCUUGACCCCCUCCCUGGGAUUUGGUACCCUGCUUUAGAGCUAGGGUGGGGUCUGGUCACACACGGGUAUUAAGGAAAUUAUGAAGAUAAAGCUGCCCCAUACGGGGACUAUGGGAGGGAGGGAAGUGGGAGGGGGAGAGGGAGGGGGUUUGUUCUCACUGUGCCAAUUAGGGGGUAAGGCCCCCUCUGGGAGCCAUCUUUGGCUCCCCUCAUUCCUACCCCCUAGGCUUUGUGGCAGGGACGGGCAAUGCUGUUGGAAAUGUGAAGUCACCAGUGGCCUUACCCCUGCCUUUGGGAGCAGGAUCUUUUGUAGAGAGUCUUAUCUGAGCUGGGCCACGCAAAGUUGAGCCUGGGAUUUUUAUCCAGUGGCCCCUUAGGCCUGUGGUGCAGGGUAGAGGGCUGGGGGGGAUCCGGAAGGGCCAAGACCUGAGCACUGGAGCGGUUAGCCAGGCCAAAUCACCCCUUGGAAGGCUGCAGAUAACAGAAAGACUUUUUAUAAACUUUUGAAGAAAUCUAAACACAAAUAUAGAGAUUUUUAACAGUGGCUAGGUGCUUUUCUUUCUGAAGGCUUUGUCAUAGUGACAUGGUACAAACACUACAGACAAUACUAGGGGAGACACGGAGAAAUGGGGGAGAGAACUUAAGGCCAAUAGAGAAAAGGGAAACAGGAGGGAAUUGGUGGGGAACAACAGUGAACAAGGGCGAGAACUUUCAUUUGAACCAGGUCUAGGAAAAGAUCCAUGCAGAAAUAGGUUAGAGUUUCUCUAAGAAAAAGGCUAAGCCAGGUCCCCUCAUUCGGUCAACUUGUGCCUAGAAGUGAGUGCAGCCACACUCUUUAUGACCCAGUGUGGGUUAGUGCUACUGUGGGAGAGACUGCAUUGAAGGCCUGGAAUUAGCUUAGAGCCUGGGAAGUGGGUGGAGUGGGAGAAGGGAAGAAGGGAAGGAUUUAGGGUAGUAAAGUUAAGUACAGAGACCUCCCUGUUCAAGGCCUCUGACAGCUGUCCCUGCCCUUCUUCCCCUUCCCUGACUACAGGGGUUAUGUGGAAGUGUGUGUGGUGGCAGGCAGGGGGGAGGGGAGAAACAGGGAUUGGGGAGCUUGGCUAAGGGUCUGGGAAAUGAGCAGGGAUAGGGAGGAAUGUGGAUUGGGCUUACUAGCACCUGCCAGAGAGGCCAUCUGGGGCUCACUCUUCACCCCAGCCCCCAAAGCAGCCCCUUCCCCAGUUCUCUUUGCAUUGUCCCCUCCCUUUCCCCUGCUGUGGGUUCCCACCCCUGCUGUGGGUUCCCGUCAUUUCCUGUGUCAGUGCCUGGCCUACCCAGAUUGUAUCAUGUGCUAGAUUGGAGUGGGGAAGUGUGUCAAAUCAAUAAAUGAAUAAAUUCAAUAAAUGCCUAUAACUAGUUCUGGUUUCUGCUGCCUUGCUGCUCCUG